AUGACGUCGCCCGAGGAGCUGCCGAGAGACAAUGUGGUUGAGGACCUCUUGAACGAGGCAGGCGAGGUGGACGACGCCAAAGUUGCCGACGCUCUGGGAGUGGCUCAAGACGACGAUGAUUUCAAGACGCUCAAAUAUUCCUUGCUCGGGCCGUCUUUGACCAAGGCUGGCCAAGAUUCUGUUGAUCAGAACAAGGUAUCGGAAAUCAUUUACAAUGCUUCUAAAGGAUCCAAGUUCUUCAACCGAGAAGAAGAGCGUGAUAAAGUUCUGACGCAAAAGAUUGAGCGCAUAUUGCGUCGCAAAAAGGAACUCGACAAACUGGACUUGACACACGAACGCCUGACCGCGGAUCGCCUCAUCACUGAACUCGAAGCGUCCCGUGACUUGACGCAACACAUUAUUCACAUUGACUGCGACGCCUUUUAUGCUGCGGUUGAGGAGCUCGAUCGACCUGAGCUCAAGGAGCUGCCAUUCGCUGUGGGAGGCGGUGUGUUGACAACAUGCAACUACCUGGCCCGCCAGUUUGGCUGUCGGUCGGGCAUGGCUGGAUUCGUGGCAAAGAAGCUCUGCCCACAGCUCGUUCAGAUCAAGCCCAACUUUGAAAAGUACACAGCCAAGGGCAAGGAAGUGCGAGAAGUGCUGGCUGAUUACGAUCCACGAUUCGAAAGCGCAAGCAUUGACGAAGCAUAUCUGAACAUUACCGAGUACUGCGUCACCCACGACAUGGGUCCGGCGGAAGUGGUGGAACAGAUGCGCAAAGAAGUGCAUGAAAAGACCAAUAUCACUGUUUCGGCAGGCAUCGCAGCCAACUCGAAACUGGCAAAGAUUUGCUCCAACCUCAACAAACCUAACGGCCAAUAUGUCCUACCUCGGGAGAGAAACGCGAUCAUGGCAUUCAUGCGAGACCUGCCCACACGAAAAAUCCCUGGCAUCGGCCGCGUUUUGGAACGCGAGCUCCUCGAGGUCGGUAUCAAAAAUUGUGGCGAUAUAUACGACCAUCGGCAGUACCUGCACCGUCUGUUUGGCGACAAGACGUUUGAGUUUCUCAUAGGAUGCUACCUGGGCCUGGGACGCACGCGAAUUCAGCCCGCGGAGGAAUAUGAGCGCAAAAGUGUCGGCACAGAAAGCACAUUUCGCGAAAUGUCUGAUCCGACCGCCCUACGCGAGAAGCUACGGGCAACGGCGGAUGACCUGGAAGGAGACAUGAAGCGAGCCGAGUGCAAAGGGCGCACACUAUGCAUCAAGGUCAAACUGCACACCUUUGAAGUGUACACGCGCCAGGUGGUGACCCCGCGAGCAGUCUUUCUUGCGGAUGACCUGUACAAUUUCUCACUGCCGAUGCUCGCAAAGCUGGAGCAAGAGAUACCGGGCAUGAAGCUGCGGCUUAUGGGCCUGAGAUGUACCCACCUUGUGAGCACCAAGAAGCCAGACACCAUGGCAUUUUUUGGCUUCAAGCCGAGACGUAUGGAUGAAGGCACACUGUCGGAUUCGGCGCAAGUCAAGCGCAAAGCCACCGACUUCCUCGCCGGGGCCGAGGUUGGCUUCGAAAACCCUUCUGACGAGCAAGAUGCUACCGAUGAAGGCGACGAAGAAGAGCAGCAGCGAAGACACGGCAAGGAGAUCGUGCCUAAUCCGAAAAGGCAAGAAGCACCAGAAGAAGAGUGGUGGGAUUGCCCGAUCUGUAUGCGCCCACAAGCGGCAAACGAGCGGCAAUUUAACGAGCACAUCGAUCUGUGUCUUUCGAGGCAGACGAUUCGCGACGCAGUGCAGGCGGAUGGAGGGGCCGGCAGCAGCAUUGCCAGUGCCCCUGCAUCCAAGCGGCCGCAGGGACCGCCAGAGAAGAAGAGGACAGCCAGCAGCAAGCCAGGCAGCAGUGAUCCACGGCAAAAGAAGCUGUGUUUUGGAUAA